AUGUUUAAGCCUUUCUUUCAAAAAAUACAAAAGGGAUUCCUAGUCUCAGCAUCCAGAGUACUAGCUCUUAGUGAUGAUGCUAUAACGGUGCCAGAUGAUGUUGAGGAAGGAUAUUUUACAGUCUUCACAGUGCAGGGGAUAGAAACACAAAGGUUUGUUAUAAAAUUAGACAACCCAAGAAACCCUGCAUGCUUGAGUCUAUUGGAACAAGCUCGAGAUGAAUAUGGAUUUCAACAAAAGGGGGCACUUUCUGUCCCUUGUCGACCUCAAGAAUUACGGCAGAUUCUAGAAGACAGGUAUUAUCAAGAGAAAGAUGCUACAGAAUGUUGGGCUGCAUAUGACAUUAAAUAG